CCAGUAACUUCUCUGCGAAGGGAUAUACCUCACUGGUAUAACGUCUUGGUUAUAGCUGCUACUGCUUACUAUACGAUAUCAGUGAUAUUUACUUCCCUCAUGCCAGUGUCCAAGUCAAGAGUGUACCAGCUGGCUCAGGACUGGAAAGGUUUCGAUGCCAUAAAGCAUCUAGUAGUAUUUGGAGAUUCGUACAGUUCAGUUGGCUACGACUCGAGAUCUCCCCAUCCAUCUCUGGCCAAACCGCUCGGCGUUACAUUUCCAGGGCCCUUUAAUUUCCUCUGGAAUGAGCCUGAUCUUCCAAACUGGGUCGGCCAUCUCAUCUCUACUCACCGAGGGAGCAAAGCACCUUUACUCGUUUAUGACUAUGCUGUCGGCGGCCAUCGCCUCUCCGGAGUCAACAGUCAAAUAACCAAUCACUUCUUACCGGACGUUGGUAAAAAACCUGACUGGGCUCCGUGGACCCCAUCGGAUACUCUUUUCGUUACAUGGGUUGGCAUUAAUGAUUGCGCAUACGCUAAUGGGGGUGAAUACGGCUCGUUGUUGGAAGAAUUCUUUCGUCUGCAGCAAAAAUUGUAUGAGGCAGGGGCACGCAAUUUUCUCUUUAUCGAUGUACCUCCAAUCGAAAGAUCUCCUGCGAUCCCGGAUCACGCCUCUGAAGCUUACUCCGCCAAAUAUCUGAACUGGAACGCCGAACUAUCCAAGCAGACCGAGAAAUUCGUGCAAUCGCAUCCAGACGUCUCCGCAUUCGUCUUUUCCUCUUGGCAGACCUUCUCAUGCAUCCUCGAUGAUCCUGAUAUCUACGGAUUCCUCCCGUCAGCUGCUCGUCAGUAUGGUGGAGAUGUGUGGUACGACCACCUCCACCCGACUUCGGCAGUGCACAAGAUCAUAUGUGACGACUUCUACCAGUUCGUCUCCAGCAUACCUCCCCACGAGGAAAAGGUGGCGGCGGAAGUCAAUUCCGAGGAGCCCGUUUAAUCGACUGCAACUUAGGACAUAUAAUCUCGGGUUUAUGGAAUUGGAAACAGAUGGCUGUACAACUAGUUCAUACAUUGGGUUUAGACUUCUGCGGAAUGUAAUUUGUACACGCUUUGUAACAAAGCAAGCUAAGCAGUGGGGGAUGGUCAUGAUGCUAAUCUACCGCGAGAACAUGGAGGUCAUCCUCCGUCGUGUAUAUGAGUUCCUGACGUAUGAGAGAUUCAACAGCGUCCCACAACUCGCCCGGAUUGGGGCCAUGCGAAGCAUUUAAACCCCCUGCAAUAAGAGCUACCGGCACUCCACCGGGACACAGACUCGCAUUGUUGUGUACUGCGAUUAGAACAGUACGUUCCAAAGAACUGAGGUACGACAGUGGAUCGCUACCGAUGAGACAACAUGGUUGGCGCUCUGGUGAGAGAGAGGGAGAGGGCGACUUUGGAGGAAGAAGACGCCGCGCAGUGUCCGAGUCCUCUGUAUCGGAGUCGUUGUCACCGUCUACUGCACUCGAGUCGUCCUGAACUUGCUCUAAUGAGUCUGAUUCAUUCUCCGAAUGCUCUGAAGGAUUUGCGAGACGUUCGGUGUCGGCGGUGACGAUAUGUGACUGGACAGCGUUGUGUUGAGGGAGAAGACUAGGACCAGCAUUGAUAGCGGUGGCCUGCGGGGGCCCACUUAUAAUACUCUGUUUUGUAGAAUAGAGGCCUCUCAUGUCUUGCACACUUAGAGGUUCACGGCCACUUUCGUGGUAUAAAGUUGCUACCAUCGCUUCCGCCAGAUGGCAAAAAAUCUGAUGCUUGUCAAUGACAGGCUUGAUGGACCUGACUUUCAAGUAUCUGACGUUGUUGUAGUCUUCUAGCUGACCGAACGCGCAAACAUAGCUGAACUCCUGGAUCCUUUCGAUUUCAUCUGCGUUCGCUUUAUAAAAUGGGUGGCUAGUCCAUAGACGAAGGCGUAUAUCACCUGGGGUGCCAUCGUCCACAUCCCAGUCUCUCCGUUUAUCAUGGAAAGUAUCAAUCUUAGCGACCAUAGCCACAACAGACACGGUCUCUAUCACCACUCCCUCGAUCGUAUAUGGUGCAGUGCUGUGAAUUUGGGUAGCCUCUCGAAGUUGGCGCACGGUUACAGGGCGGAGAUUUUGUGAUGAAGAGCUUGCCAUAGUACUAGUAGCGCUGUCUCAAAAGCUUCAAAGAGGCCUAGGAAAGUGACUUAGAUAGGUUCCGUUCAAAGUAGCAGUCUGAGGGAAC